AAUUCUUAAGUUGUCUUUCUCAUUUUUAUUUAUAGGGAUUUCUUAAUAUUUCUACUUCUGAUUUACGGGACUUGCACUUCAAAAAGGACGAGAUUUCUCACACAUGAGAUAAUUGUAUUGAAGAUACACUGAAUGAAGAACAUAUCAGUUCAAAGAGGUAACCUUGUCUCCUUUGGUGUCUCGCUCGCUCCAUUGCCAACAUUUUACCAGAUAUACAAGAAGAAAACCUCAGAAGGGUUCCAAUCCAUCCCUUAUGUGAUUUCCCUCUUCAGUGCCAUGCUUUGGAUUUACUACGCGCUGCUCAAGAAGGAUGCCAUCCUUCUCAUCACCAUCAACACCUUUUGCGUCUUCAUACAGACAUUCUACACUUUUACUUACUUCUACUGCGCUCCAAAGAAGGAGAGGAUUGUGACUGUGAAGCUUAUCCUCCUUUUCAAUGUCUUCGGGUUUGGAGUAGUUUGCCUCUCCACUCUCUUCCUUGAAAAAGGAUUGCGUCUUCGCGUCCUCGGAUAUAUUUGUAUGGGAUUUGCCUUGAGUGUGUUUGCUGCUCCUCUUUGCAUUGUGAGGAAAGUUAUAAAGACAAAGAGUGUCGAGUUCAUGCCAAUUUACUUAUCACUUUUCCUCACAUUAGGCGCGGUCAUGUGGUUCUUCUAUGGCCUUUUAUUGAAGGACUUGAACAUCGCCAUUCCGAACGUCGUAGGAUUUCUUUUUGGAAUUCUUCAGAUGAUCCUUUAUGCCAUCUACAGGAAGAAACCCAAGCAGGUGGUUGAAGAGCCAAAGAUAGCAGAGCACAUCGUUGACAUGGUGAAACUAAGCACAAUGGUCGUCGGCUCGGAGCUGAGCACACUGGUGCCUCAGCCGACCACCAAUGACAACAAUGGUGGGAUUGUGGAAGCUCAGAAGGUGAAGAAGGAAGGAAGCAAUACUGAGGAAACCAACAAGCAGAAUAUGAAGGGCUCCAAUCAAGUUUAACAAACUGUAUUUGCAUGAACUGGGUGUUUCCUCCUCCAGGGUGUGUCUGUAGCUAGUGUGAUUUGCUUGGCAUGUACACAUCUAGCGGCCAUGCAAGCAAUGGAAUAAUACUGUGCCUUUGAUAAAUAUGUUAUUAUUCCAAAAGUCAUUGUCUAAGUCAAAAGCAAGGGUACCUUUUCCCUCUCUCUUCUAAAUCUGUAUAAUCGUACUAAUUAAUUUGCAAUUUAAUU